GUUUCAGUUCUUGAAAAUUAUGAAUGCGAUUCAACGAUGGAUAAAGUGAAUAUUUUAACAAUUAUCGAUAUGAGGAAAAAUCGAAUUUGAAAACACCGAGAAGAGACAAUCGAUCUUUUAAGAAGAAAAAAUUCAAUAUCGAUUCAUCGGCCGAUGCCUAGUCAACAAUUCCAUCGUUGAUUCCAGCUGUGACUGUCCGUAAUUUGUAAUUCAGUUGUAUAUACUCUGUGUGACAUGGAAGUUUAUAAAUAAUUUGCGCUCGAGAAAAGCUUUCUCGCUUUACUUCUCUUCUAGACACAAAAUUACACUCAAAACAUGUCACGACAUCGGGACGUCCGUUGCAUGAACUAUUCCGAUGAGUACGAUGGUUAUGAUGACGUUUAUGGGCAUUCAGUAGAGGAUGAUUACUGUGUAUCACCUAGUGCACAGCAGUUUCUUUUUGAUCGAAGCAAGCAACAAAACAUUGCUUCAUUCAUCACAGAACCAGAUAUAGUUGAAGACAAUGAGGACAUUGAGGUUUCAGCGUCACCUGAUGAGAAAUGUAGUCUCUCUGAGUUGGAAAAAGCAAAGUUGAUGUCUUGCAUGGAAUCAAUCAGAAAUGUUAUAGGCGAUUCUGUGACUGAAUCUAAGCUACGAGAGCAUAUUAUUGCAUCAGAUUAUGAUACAGAAGUAGCACUCAAUACCAUCUUACAUGAGUCUUCCCCAAAAAGUAUCAGUGAUCUGGCAGUGAACAAGGAACGAUCAGGACCCCAUCCAGGUAACAAAUUGUCAUCCAAGUCCGCUCUGCAAGUCACGACAUCAUCUACAGUGAAGGUCGUACCGGCCGGAAUGAGGCCCGUAGUGAAGGGUUUUGACUUGAGCGGCGUAGAGAACACUGAUCUAUUAAGCCCGCGGUGCCAGAGCCCGUCGUCUGAUCGGAACAGUCCAGAGAUCAAGAGCAAGGAAGAUAUCAUACAGAAGGAAAAGAAAGGAUUUUCCUCGAAGACGAACAGCCCGCGAUGCCAGUCGCCCGUGUCGGGACAUGUGACGCCGGAAUUGGACGCUAAGGUGAAGUCAAACGCGUCCAAUGAAGAGAAGGUUGUGGACGUUCAGGCAAUAUAUAAAAACAAGCGGGGCGACAGUAAAGAGCAGCUUCACUUGGUGGUCGUGGGACAUGUAGAUGCCGGAAAGAGUACUCUGCUCGGCCGAUUGCUCUGCGACUUGGGUCAAGUGCCGUCGAGGCUCAUUCAUAAGUAUCAGCAAGAGAGCAAGAAGAUAGGGAAACAGUCGUUCGCAUACGCAUGGGUGCUCGAUGAGACCGGCGAGGAAAGGGAACGUGGAAUUACAAUGGAUAUAGGCCAUUCAAAGUUCGAGACUGAUACAAAGUCCAUUACCCUGCUGGACGCACCUGGCCACAAGGACUUCAUCCCGAACAUGAUAACUGGCGCCACGCAGGCGGACGUAGCUCUGUUGGUGGUUGACGCGACCAGAGGCGAGUUCGAGACUGGAUUCGACAGCGGAGGUCAAACGCGUGAGCACGCACUAUUGUUACGUUCUUUAGGUGUGUCGCAGCUGGCGGUGGUCGUGAAUAAGAUGGAUACUGUAAACUGGUCAAAGGACAGGUUCAAUGAAAUCGUCGAUAAGAUGAGUGUGUUCCUGAAACAGGCUGGCUUCAAGGACACCGUCACUUUUGUGCCUUGCAGCGGUUUAUCCGGCGAGAAUAUAGUAACGAAACCGAAGGAGCAACUUUCUAGCUGGUAUAUCGGACCUACUCUAGUCAGUGUAAUUGAUAAUUUCAAAUGCCCAGAACGACCUGUAAAUAAGCCAUUCCGUUUCUCGGUCAAUGAUAUAUUCAAGGGUACUGGAUCUGGCUUCUGCGUGUCCGGUCAUAUUGAAACAGGCAUGGUAUCUUUAGGCGAUAAAGUUUUAAUACUACCUCGAAACGAAGUCGCCAUUGUUAAAGGUCUUCAAUCAGACGAAGUCUCGACUACAAACGCAUUCGCUGGCGAUCACGUUGCCCUGACUUUAGCGGGCAUCGAACAACAGAACGUGAGCAUCGGCGACAUCAUUUGCAAUCCGCAGAACCCGGUGCCGGUGACCACGUGCUUUCAAGCGCAUGUGGUUGUAUUCGCGAUAGCAAAACCGAUCACCAAGGGGCUACCGGUGGUGAUGCAUCAGCAAUCGCUGGUACAGCCGGCAGUCAUCACAAAACUGAUCGCACAGCUUCACAGAAGCAACGGCGACGUGAUCAAGAAAAAACCGCGUUGUCUGCCGAAGAACUCGAGCGCGAUUAUUGAGGUCGCGAUGCAGAACCCGGUCUGCAUGGAAUUAUACAAGGAUAUUAAGCAGCUAGGUAGAGUUAUGUUGCGAUUGGAAGGUACCACCAUUGCGGCGGGUCUGAUCACGAAGAUCUUAUAAUUCUCAUAGAAAUGAUCAUAUAUAUGAACGGAAUCUCGAAUCUACAGUGUGAUCUUAUCACAUCGGAUAUAGAGAUUUGCUUCGAUCUAACAGGUAUACAAAGCUAUUGUAUUUAUACAUCACAUACACACACACAAACAUGAACACAAAGUCUCGCUAGAUUAUACCACUUUAUUUCAUUUACAAUAAUACAGAAGACUUCGCUUGUCAGACUUCGUUUUCUUAAUUAAUAUAUACCUUAAUAUAUACACAAUUUCUUAAUUAAUAUACAUACAAUUGUAAAUAUAAAAUAAUUAUCGGAUAUAUUAAUGCACAUCCGACGAUUCUUUUUAUUUAUAAUCGUUUAUAAUAUUUUAAUGAAUAUGUAAGUUCGGUAGGUGUUCAAUAAAGGAUAUCGUUAUAUUA